UUCCCCAGGGCGCUGCGCUGCGCUGCGCUCUGCGCGUCCGGGCUUUGUGUGGCGGGCAGCCUCGGGGCUCGCUCCUCCUCCCCUGCCGGCUCGGGCUGCGCAGAGCAUCCCGCCCCCGCUUGCAUUCAUCCUAAUUCGCCCCCGAGACAAGAUGGCAACGCCGGCGGCUGUAAAUCCUCCCGAAAUGGCUUCAGAUAUUCCUGGAUCAGUGACAUUACCGGUUGCACCUAUGGCAACAGGACAGAUGAGAAUGGCAGGAUCCAUGCCUGCUAGAGGAGGAAAGAGGCGUUCUGGAAUGGACUUUGAUGAUGAAGAUGGGGAAGGUCCCAGCAAAUUUUCAAGGUAUGAUGAUGAUCAAAUCUCUGGUGAUAAGGAAAAAUUUGCAAGGUGGGAAGAUGAUCAAAGUACUGCUGAUGCAGAGAGGAUGGCCAGGGAGAAUCAUAGUGAAAUUGAAAGACGCAGGAGAAAUAAGAUGACACAGUAUAUCACCGAGCUGUCAGAUAUGGUGCCCACCUGCAGUGCAUUGGCCCGUAAACCCGACAAGCUGACAAUUCUGCGUAUGGCUGUUUCGCACAUGAAGUCUAUGAGGGGCACCGGGAAUAAAUCUACUGAUGGGGCAUAUAAGCCUUCUUUCCUAACAGAACAGGAACUGAAACAUCUUAUCCUUGAGGCUGCAGAUGGAUUCCUGUUUGUAGUUGCAGCUGAGACCGGGAGAGUCAUCUACGUAUCGGAUUCCGUUACUCCAGUGCUGAACCAGCCACAGUCGGAGUGGUUUGGCAGCACACUCUAUGAGCAGGUUCAUCCAGAUGAUGUGGAAAAGCUGAGAGAGCAACUGUGUACAUCUGAAAACUCUAUGACAGGGCGAAUUUUGGACUUGAAGACUGGAACAGUAAAGAAGGAAGGUCAGCAGUCCUCAAUGAGGAUGUGCAUGGGAUCAAGACGUUCUUUCAUUUGCAGAAUGAGGUGUGGAAAUGCCCCUUUGGAUCAUUUGCCUCUGAACAGAAUAACCACCAUGCGAAAAAGAUACAGGAAUGGCCUAGGCCCAGUAAAAGAAGGAGAAGCACAGUAUGCAGUAGUUCACUGCACUGGAUAUAUCAAGGCCUGGCCACCAGCAGGAAUGACUAUACCAGAAGAAGAUGCAGAAGUGGGACAAGGUAGCAAAUAUUGCCUUGUGGCAAUAGGGAGGCUUCAGGUAACUAGCUCACCUGUGUGCAUGGACAUGAAUGGAAUGUCUGUUCCUACUGAGUUCUUGUCUAGACACAACUCUGAUGGAAUAAUCACAUUUGUUGAUCCAAGAUGUAUCAGCGUGAUUGGCUACCAACCACAGGAUCUUCUGGGAAAAGACAUUUUAGAAUUCUGCCAUCCGGAAGAUCAGAGCCAUUUGAGAGAGAGUUUCCAACAGGUUGUUAAACUGAAAGGCCAAGUCCUAUCUGUGAUGUAUCGUUUUCGUACCAAAAACCGGGAGUGGAUGUUAAUCAGGACCAGCAGCUUCACUUUUCAGAAUCCUUAUUCUGAUGAGAUUGAAUACAUCAUUUGCACCAACACGAAUGUUAAACAGCUUCAGCAACAGCAAGCCGAGCUUGAAGUACAUCAGAGAGAUGGGUUGUCCUCCUAUGACUUAUCUCAGGUACCUGUUCCAAAUAUACCAACUAAUGUUCAUGAGAGUGGAAAGCCAGUGGAGAAGCCAGACACUAUCUUCUCCCAGGAGCAGAAUCCUAGGUUUGCUGAGAUGUUUGCAGGAAUAACUGCUUCAGAUAAAAAAAUGAUGGCCUCUGCGUCCCCGGCAGGAAACCAACAGCUUUAUUCUCAGGGGAGCCCAUUCCAGCCAGGACAUUCAGGAAAGGCUUUCAGAAAGAAUGCAACACUGACAAGAAACAGCUCAUCUGUGGUACAUGUGCCUGGUGUGAAUGAUAUCCAGUCCUCUUCUUCAACAGGCCAAAAUUUGACACAGAUCUCUCGUCAGUUAAAUCAGAGUCAGGUUGCCUGGACAGGGAGUCGUCCACCAUUUCCAGGACAGCAAAUCCCAUCACAAUCUGGCAAGACUCAAUCAUCACCCUUUGGAAUUGGAACCAGUCAUACCUAUCCAGCUGAUCCGUCAUCGUACAGCCCUCUCUCUAGCCCAGCCACUUCUUCCCCAAGUGGAAAUGCCUACUCUAGCCUAGCAAACAGAGGUGCAGGGUUUGCUGAGAGUGGCCAAAGCAGUGGACAAUUCCAAGGGAGACCUUCAGAGGUCUGGUCCCAAUGGCAAAGCCAGCAUCAUAAUCAACAAAGCAGUGACCAGCAUUCUCACCAGCAGCCCAGUCAGACUGAAGUCUUCCAAGACAUGCUGCCUAUGCCGGGCGAUCCGACACAGGGCACUGGCAAUUACAACAUUGAAGAUUUUGCUGAUUUGGGCAUGUUUCCACCGUUUUCUGAGUAACUUACAACGCAGACAAACCCUGUGAAAUGAAGUUCAACAAAACCAUUUUGGUGUGGUUUUAGCUCUGCUUUUUCUGUAUUGCAUUACCGUAGAAUCUACUAUCAAGGUGUCUUGUUUUUCAUAUUUUGGAUAGUGAUAUAGGAGUUUGCUCUCUCUCCCUUCCGGUGUGUGAGUGCUGAUGAAGAAGUUACACCACUUGGUGGUGGUCAUUGACAGAUCCAUUUUGUAUUUUCUUGUCAUCUACCUCAGAGAUGAAAAACUUUGUGAAAAAUCUCUGAGUCCUAAAUAUUUGUAUGUGAACAAUUCCUAAUGCUCCCUUUGAAUGGUAAAUUUAAAAUAGGUAAUGAAGUAACAAAGACUAACAGAGAAAAGGUAAGAUAACGUCCAGUUACAGGGUCUAUUGUUCAGUUUCAAUGCCUUGCUUUGAUCU